CCUGGGCAGGGGCCGGGGGAGCGGCGCGGCGGGAAAUGGCGGCCGGGCCGGGCUGAGCUGAGGGGACGGAGCUGCACCAUGAGGCUGCUGCGCGCCCUUCUGCGCGGAGCUGCCGCGGGCAACAUCCCGCAGCAGGUGGACUUCUACUCACGGUUCUCCCCCUCGCCGCUCUCCAUGAAGCAAUUUCUGGACUUCGGAUCUGAAAAUGCUUGUGAAAAGACUUCAUUUAUGUUUCUGCGACAAGAGUUGCCUGUGAGAUUGGCAAACAUAAUGAAGGAAAUCAGCUUGCUUCCAGACAACCUCCUAAGAACACCUUCAGUUCAGCUGGUACAGAGCUGGUAUGUCCAAAGUCUUCAGGAGAUUCUUGACUUUAAGGACAAAAGCUCAGAAGAUUCAGGGGCUAUUCACAGUUUUACAGAUACUGUGAUAAAAAUCCGGAAUCGCCACAAUGAUGUAAUUCCUACGAUGGCUCAAGGAGUAAUAGAAUACAAGGAAAGCUUUGGCAUUGAUCCAGUGACCUCACAGAACGUGCAGUAUUUUUUAGACCGCUUCUACAUGAGUCGCAUUUCAAUCAGAAUGCUCCUUAAUCAACACUCUUUACUGUUUGGUGGGAAAAUUAAUCCAGCUCAUCCAAAACAUAUUGGAAGCAUUGAUCCUAACUGCAAUGUUGUUGAAGUUAUUAGAGAUGGCUAUGAAAAUGCCAAGAGACUUUGUGAUUUAUAUUACAUGAGCUCUCCAGAACUUAUCCUUGAAGAGUUGAAUUCUAAAUCACCAGGACAGCCUAUGCAAGUGGUGUACGUGCCAUCACAUCUCUAUCACAUGGUUUUUGAACUUUUCAAGAAUGCAAUGAGAGCCACCAUGGAGCAUCAUGCUGAUCGAUGCAUUUAUCCUGCAAUUCAUGUAUACAUCACAUUGGGAAAUGAGGAUUUAACUGUGAAGAUGAGUGACCGUGGUGGUGGUGUUCCUAUGAGGAAAAUUGACAGACUGUUCAACUAUAUGUAUUCAACAGCACCACGUCCUCGUGUUGAGACAUCACGAGCUACACCUUUGGCUGGAUUUGGUUAUGGUUUACCCAUAUCACGUCUGUAUGCACAGUACUUCCAAGGAGACCUGAAAUUGUAUUCCUUAGAAGGCUAUGGUACAGAUGCAGUUAUUUACAUCAAGGCCUUAUCAACAGAAUCAAUUGAAAGACUCCCUGUAUACAACAAAGCAGCCUGGAAACAUUAUAAAGCAAACCAUGAAGCCGAUGAUUGGUGCGUGCCAAGCAGUGAGCCGAAGGACAUGACCACUUUUCGGAGUAUGUAGCUUUUUCCUCAGCAGCUCCUAAGAAGGAGGUUUGUCUGUAAAGGGAAUUUAGAAGACCUGAUUUAUGAUGUUGAGCCACUUCUGAUAUGUGAAAGUAAUUUUAAAUGGUGUAACAGAAAUUUGAGUGUAAUGAGGCUUUUCUGAAAUUAAAAAACCAACAGCCACCAAAACCCCCAAACAUUCACUUAUAAAAAAAGGUCAUACUUAAUUUGUUUCACUUUCUAUUUAUGACUGCUUUCAGAGCUAAGUCAAAGGAACAUAUUUUGGUUUUUAGAGGGAUCAAUUCAACAGCUAUCACAUCUGGUAUUAAUUUGUAUUAUUAAAAAAUAAUUUCAUUAGAAGAACUAUUAAAAAAGUCAUUGGAACAUUUUUUCAUUAUACAAUUCUACAGAUUAAUGAAAAAUUUGCGUAAGAAAUAUUGAGCUCACUGCUAUACCUUUGCAAAUGUAUGGCAUGUUCUUUUAUCUUAAGCAUGCUGAAGCUUAAUUUUGUAAAGUUAGAUAUGUUGCCUACAUACAUUGCCAACAUCAAGGGUUUUUUUUUUCAGCUGUAGAAAUCACACCUCUGUAGGGAUAAAAAUUUUUAAAAAGCAUUUUUAACUGCUACUACUGAUAUGAUGUAUCUCAGGUAUGUGGCAUCAGUUCUAUUUCUUUGGUUGUAAUGUGAAUAUAAAAUAGAUGUGAAAAACUUACCUUGCCCCGAUCAUUGUGAAUUAAAAAAGAGCAUUGGCGUGUAUACAGUAGAGAAAUAUUAGUCUUGCAUUUGCCUGUAUUUCUAUAGGUCAUACCAAAAUACAGUAUCAACAUUCUAGCCUUUGUAAGAUCUUAGACUUGGGUAUGUCAGAUAUGGCUAUAAAUGGAAACUAUUUUAAUAAACAGAUUCUUAAAAUUUGUCUGUAAUAGGGCAUCUCUAUUACUUUGACAGCAUAAACUGCCUUCUCAGGAGUAAGUAAGAAUAAGUGGAAUUAGCAGUUUUUGAAAAUACCUUUGCAAUUGUGAUAUGCUUCUGGCCUUGUUUUUGUAGUAGCUGGAAGUCUACACUAUAACAUAAACAUGAUAACCAGAAUAUGUUAAUCAGUCAAAGACAAAUCAGAACAUACAGGGUAAGAUAGAGAGGGGAAUGAAUCUUGCAUUUCAGGUACAGAGUCCUAAUAAAGAAUUCAACAUAAUGCCUACUGCAUGAGCUUUGUUCAAAUAAUACACAUCUGUGUUUCACCUUGAUCCCUGUCAUUCCUGAGCAUUUUUGGAGUGAUUCAGUUAAAGCCACUGAGAACCAAUCCUUUUCUCAGUUAAUUAAACUGCAUGUAAUUCUGUGGGAUUUGUUCUGUAGUAGACAUGCAUAAUCCAUCUCAGAAACAAGAAGCCUAGCUUUUGCUAGUUUACUAUCUCUUUGCAGAGAAGAAGGUGAGAUACCACAAGUGAAGGGGAUAGCUGGGAUGUUGGAAAUUGAAGUCAUGCUACUCUAGUUGUAGCUGAGCCAGAUACAAGAUUUACCACCUGCUACCUCCCUAGCCAAGUUCUGCAAAACAACGAAAUGGUUUUAUUACCCUGGUUAAGCUAAUGUAGAUAACUUUAACAGAAGUGCAUUACAGACAGGGCUGCAUACAGUUAAACUGACAGUCUGAGGGAGGAUUAUUGUAUCUUACUGCCACCAGAUCAGUAGGGUUACCUAUUCCACUCAAGCUUGUGGGCACAUUGAAGCCCCUAUUCUUCCUUACAAGGAUACGAGUUGGUAACUGGCACACCUGUCAAUCUGCAAGGCUACAAGUGAGGGGAACUGACAGCUGUUCUCUUCUUUGGCCCUGCAAGAGGAGGUGAGAAAUGCCACAUAGUGUAAAAUGGGGCCUGUACCAUGUUGGAAGGGACACUUGCAGCUAUUGCUUUUGCUAAACUAAAGCUGAAAGUUACAGCCAGGGCUUUUAAAAACUCAGGUCUGAAGCUGAGAAUUCUAGCCUUUAAAUCUUUUAACUGACUCAGUUGAUUUUAGUAACAUUGGACAACUACAAGCAGUAUUUCUGAAGAAAAGCUAACAGUUUUCUACAAAGUCUAUUAAGUAUUUUAGAUAUUACUGUAAUAAAGGCUCUUUCAUGUUCUCAGCUAACUACCAACUGAAUUCUGAUUACCAGAGCAACUUGCUGUGUAAUUAUAUUUGUAGUUAUCUCUUCGCCUGCCACCCCAAAUGAUUAUGGUGAAAACACAAAUGUUUUGAUUUACAAUAUUUAAUCUUAGUUAAAAAUUUGAUCUUUGAUAACUUUUGCUUUAAAUAGAAGUGCAGAAGACAACUUUUGUGUUUAGUAUUUUCAUUAUUAUACUGAAGUCAUUGUGAACACACUGGUUAAGCUGAAGUGAAUCACUACAGAAAAGUAGUAUACUAUCAAAAUGCUGAGAUUAAUAGUUCUUUUUGCAAAUUACCUCAGUCUUGCACUGUAAAAUUAAUCUUGGUUUGUGUUAAUUUUUUGAAAGAAUUGCUGCAAUUAUUCAUUAAAACUAUUGUAAAAAUGAAA